AUGGUGGGAGCGCUUAAAAGUACUGGUUGCGCGACGUGUCGGAAACGCAAGAAGAAGUGCGGUGAAGAGACACCUUCAUGCUCAGCAUGCAUAAAAGCAGGCUGGAAAUGCCCAGGCUAUCCCAAAAGAUGGAAAUUCAUUGACGAGGGUGGAUCGCUUGCAUUGCUCUACCGCAAAAAGAAGUAUAUCUUUGAAGAUGUCGGUCAGCACGAAGCAGCAGUCGAUGAAUGGUUAACCUUUAAAGUCAAUCCCAUCGACCAAGGCAACGGUUCUCUCAAUCCGAGAUCAUGGAAUGCCAUUGAGUGGCCGCUAGCUUUUCCCGUUGACCAGAUACGUUCGACUCUAUGCUACAUACUGGAUGAGCCGCAGAACAGGCACACCUUCCCCAUCAAAUCUCAUGGAAGAUUUUAUGGUAUGAUUCCGUCCCGGCUGGGCUGCAGUGCUGCACUGGACGAUGCGGUUUCGUGUCUGUGCAGCAUCUACACGGACUCUCUCAGAUCAGACCAAACGCCCUCAAAGAAGUGCCUUCAGUUGUACGCCCGGAGUUUGCACUCUCUUCGAAAGUCGCUGGGCAUACGGCAUAUACGCGCAGAGGCCGAAACGAUAUGUGCGUCCAUUAUUCUGCAGACAUGCGAGCUUGUGCUGAACGAUGAUGUUGGACGAUGGACUCAACUCUGCAUGGGAACGAAACUCCUUAUCCAAGAACAUGGCGCCGCGCGAUUCAUUCACUCCUUCGAAAGGGCGAUGCUCGAGUCGCAGCGAGCUUGGUUUAUUCUUCACGAUGCAAGUCUUGGACAGGAAUGCUUUUUGUCAAGGCGAGAGUGGCGCCAGUCUCUGGAGAGCCCUCCCACUUCCAUCGGCACCGAGGGGCAGGCUAGUAUCUCACUUCGAUCUGAGCUUUGUGAAUUCCUUGUCGACGUGCCCGGAUUGAUUCGGGAAGCCACAAGCACGGCAGACCAACUCUUGGACGGAGAUGUUGACCCAGUUGGGCUCAAAAAACGGCACCAGAACGCAAUCCUUCAGAUAUCAUCCAUGAAACACGCCUUCGAGUGGUGGUAUAGCACCAAAAUUGCACCUCUGCGCUCUAUUUCAGACGCCGUGGGCCCAACCAGGAUUGAAACUAUCAGAAACAGCUCCGUGCGGGAUGACCUUCUUCUUGCUGUCGUUGACUGCGUGUCCAAUUCCAUAAUGAUAAAACUAGACACAUUGCAGGCCCAGUUAAACUCGGACUGGGGUAACCUCAGGGUGGACGUCCUUGGAUAUCAACAGGCACAGGCGAAACGAAGAAAAAUGAUGUACCAAGCUUUACAGUUUGUUCGAGACAAGUCUUUGGUCGCAGCAAAACCUCUCGAAUUUGGGUUGCGACAGCUGUGGCUCGACACUGAAUUCGAACACAGCGAGAAGUACGCAGCUAAGUAA